UUCCCAAUACGAGGCGCUUGGCCCUGCCCGCCCGCCGUCGGCCGCGGGGGGUUGUGGGCUGAGCAGCAAGAUGGCGGCGGCGGCGCUGUGCCCUCGGUCGCCCCGCGGCCUGUGGCUGCCAAGGGCAGGCCCUGGGAUUUCUGCCUUAGCUGCAGCUCCAUCUGUGUUGCAGCAGCACCGCCACGUUCAUCAUGCAGUGAUCCCUCAUGGAAGAAGUGGACGAUCCUCUGUUAGUGGCAUUGUGGCCACUGUCUUUGGGGCUACAGGUUUCCUAGGACGCUAUGUUGUCAAUCGUUUAGGUCGCAUUGGAUCUCAAGUAAUCAUACCCUAUCGCUGUGAUCAGUAUGACCUCAUGUAUCUGCGACCAAUGGGUGACCUGGGACAACUUCUCUUCUUAGAGUGGGACUGUAAGGACAAAGACUCUAUCCGAAGAGCCGUGGAACACAGCAAUGUGGUCAUUAAUCUUGUUGGAAAAGAAUGGGAAACAAAAAACUUCAGUUUUGAAGAUGAAUUUGUAAAUAUUCCCAAAAGUAUUGCCCAAAUAACUAGGGAAGCUGGCGUGGAAACACUCGUUCAUAUCUCUCACCUGAAUGCUAGCAUGAAGAGUCCUUCCAAAUACCUGAGGAAUAAAGCUGUUGGAGAGAAAGCAGUGAGGGAAGAAUUUCCAGAUGCUAUAAUUAUGAAGCCUGCUGAGAUGUUUGGGAGGGAGGACCGAUUUCUCAACCAUUAUGCGAACAUGCGCUGGUUUGGUGGUGUGCCUCUUAUUUCAAUGGGCAAAAAAACAGCAAAGCAACCAGUGUAUGUGGUUGAUGUAGCAAAGGCAAUUAUUAAUGCAAUUAAGGAUCCUGAUGCUAAAGGAAAAACAUACGCAUUGGCUGGACCUAAUCGCUACCUUCUUCAUGACCUGGUAGAAUAUGCAUAUGCAGUUUCCUUUCGAACCUUUUUUCCAUAUCCGCUUCCACGUCCUUUGUAUCAUUUAGUUGCAAGAUUCUUUGAGAUCAGUCCAUUUGAACCAUGGUUAACGCGAGACAAAGUAGACCGGUUUCACAUAACAGACAUGACGUUUCCUGACCUUCCUGGUUUGGAAGACCUGGGUAUUCAACCAACACCUCUAGAACAAAAAGCAAUUGAAGUUCUGCGCCGUCACCGCAGAUACCGCUGGUUGGAUGCUGAGCUGGAGGAGGCAAAACCUGCAAAGACGUACAACAUGUAAACAGUUGCUUAGGUGGUUACUUAACACUUCCUAAACUGUCUUUGUAUGACCUAAUUUGUUUGGAGAACUGUGUACAUACCGAGUAAAAUAUGUUAAUCAUAA